AGAGCGUACUGUGCUGACACGACAAAGCUUUGUUUCACAUUUGCAAAGCCCUGAUCCCAGCAGGGUCUAUAAAGAGGUCUGGUACAGCUCGACAUCUGGUCUAGUCUGAUUUUAACACAGUUACCAUGGGCAAGAUAAUCUUCUACGAAGACAGAAACUUCCAGGGCCGUCACUAUGAGUGCAGUAGUGACUGCCCCGAGAUGCAGAGCCACUUCAGCCGCUGCAACUCAAUAAGAGUGGACAGCGGCUGUUGGGUUGCCUACGAGAAGCCCAACUAUGGUGGCUACCAGUACAUGCUGCACAAGGGCGAGUACCCCGACUACCAACGCUGGGCGGGCUUCAAUGACUGCAUCCGCUCCUGCCGUAUGGUGCCACCUUAUAACGGGAACUACAGGAUGAAGAUCUUUGAGCGAUCUGACUUCGCCGGCCAGAAUAUGGAGCUAAUGGACGACUGCCCGGAUCUGAAUGAGCGUUUCCACACUCGUGACAUCUCCUCUGUCAAUGUCAUGGAGGGCUACUGGAUUCUGCACGAACACCCCCAUUACAGGGGACGCCAGUACUUCCUGCGUCCCGGAGAGUACAGGAGGCACAGCGAGUGGGGAAGCACCAGCCCCACCUUCGGCUCUCUGAGACGCGUCACCGAGCUCAACUGAUUCCCGGCUUCUUUUUUAUUUUACCCUUAUUGAGCCUCACUGUUAAGCUUCCACCAUCUUGUUCCCUUUAACGGCAACACUGUUUCAGUGUGGUCUCAACACUGUGGUGUCCAAACCUGAAAUCAUGCAUUUUAAUGAUGGGGGUUUUGGUGCGUUUGAUGUUGGGUUCUAGUUUUUGUUGGGCUGCUUUGCAUUGUCGAGUGAAGUUCCUCUCCAACUCAGUGCUCAAGCAAUGCUUACAGUUAAUAGUGAUGAUCUUUUUUGCUUUGGUCGUCCCAAAGC